GCCCUUCUCUUAAUAAAAAAAGCUUGUGUAAUGACUUAAACUAAUCACACGUGCAAUGGUAAUUUCAUUUACUCUCUCACGAAAACCUGGUGCAGCUAGUCCACUACACACUACCACAACACACCACUCACUCACCCUCGCGAAUCAGGACAGCCAGCCUCUUCCGUCACCACCACAGUGUGUUGCCUCAGAUGACCUAGUGGUUUUUGCCUCCUCUGUUUUCCAUGACACCUUGUUGGCUACAAAGGCAAGGCAACCACCACGCUACGACCUUGGCAAACUUAGAGCCACCACACUACGACUUGACCACGAAGGGCGACCACCACGACCACCACAAACAGACCAAGGUACCUACGAUUGGUGUUUGUGUGAUCCAACCCUCAAUUUCAAGCCAUUCUGUGAUUGGUGUGGUUGUGAUUAGUGUUGUCGUCAUUUUCCCCCAUUUCGAUUUGCUAGUUGCUGCCAUAAAAGGCUUAUCUAGAUUGGAGGUGCAGCUAAUAUGAUCUUCUGUAUAUUAUUUUGGUGCAUUGAAUUCUGCUAUUUUUUCUGUUACAUUUGAAAAUUUUUAUAUAUUCUAAUGCAUUAAUUUUCGUUGAUAAGAAUUUAUGUUACAUUUGGGAAUUGUUAUAUAUUCUACUUCUUUAAUUUAUUUUUGCUGUUGUUACCAUUAUUGGAUUCUAGAAUUGUUAUACAAAGCAACUAUGGUUUUCCAAUGCUGCAAGAUUGACGCACUCUGGUGAUGAGAUAAUGAACUAUGUGAAUGUGGAUGGUAAUAGAACUUAGUAAAAAAAUUAAAAGAAAAUAGAGAAAGCUAGCAAGCCAACUUGUCAGCCUGCUAACUUGUUAGCCCGCCAACCUACCGGCCCACCAACCUACCGGCCCUCAGGCCGGGUCCAAUGAUAAAACUUGUUUUUUUUCAGCAGGUCAGUCCAGCCUGACCCCUUUUGGACAGGUUAGAAUCGGGUCGAGUUGGCCCGUUUUGACACCCCUAUGUGUAGGUGAGUGGUUGUUGGGUGAGUUAAUUAGAGAGAGAAUAAGCAUCACCUAAAAAUAGGGGAUUUGGGAUGGUAUGAAAAGAAAAAAAAGGAUUGGAUUAUAAGUAA